AUGGCGACCACAAUCGACAAGAUCAAGGACAUUGAGUCCGAGAUGGCCAAGACCCAAAAGAACAAGAACACCUCCUUCCAUUUGGGACAACUGAAGGCUAAGCUCGCAAAGCUCAAGCGUGAGCUGUUGACUCCGACUGGAGGAGGUGGUGGUGGCGGUGGUGCCGGUUUCGAUGUUGCGCGUACUGGUGUUGCAAGUGUUGGUUUCAUUGGUUUCCCCUCCGUCGGAAAGAGUACCCUCAUGAGCAAGCUUACUGGACAACACUCUGAAGCUGCCGCAUACGAGUUCACAACACUCACGACUGUUCCCGGUCAAGUCAUGUACAACGGUGCCAAGAUUCAAAUUCUGGAUCUUCCCGGUAUUAUUCAGGGUGCUAAGGACGGUAAGGGUCGUGGUCGUCAGGUCAUUGCUGUGGCCAAGACAUGCCAUCUGAUCUUCAUCGUUCUUGAUGUGAACAAGCCUCUGGUUGAUAAGCGCGUCAUCGAGAACGAAUUGGAGGGAUUCGGUAUUCGUAUCAACAAGUCGCCUCCCAACAUCAACUUCAAGAAGAAGGACAAGGGUGGUAUCGCUAUCACCAGCACCCAGCCUUUGACCAACAUCAGUCAGGAGGAAAUCAAAGCCGUCAUGAACGAGUACAAGAUCUCUUCCGCCGAUAUUGCCAUUCGUUGCGAUGCCACAAUCGACGAUCUGAUCGAUGUUCUCGAGGCCAAGAGCAGAAGCUAUAUCCCCGUCGUGUACGCUUUGAACAAGAUCGACGCCAUCUCCAUUGAGGAGUUGGAUCUUCUAUACCGUAUUCCCAACGCCGUUCCCAUCAGUUCGGAGCACGGCUGGAACAUUGACGAGUUGCUGGCAAUGAUGUGGGAAAAGCUCAGCUUGAAGCGAAUCUAUACCAAGCCCAAGGGCAAGGCUCCCGACUACACGGCCCCUGUCGUGCUUCGGGCCACCGGCUGCACUGUGGAGGAUUUCUGUAACGCCAUUCACCGCACUAUCAAAGAUCAGUUCAAACACGCCAUUGUGUAUGGCCGAUCUGUCAAGCACCAGCCGCAGCGAGUUGGUCUCGCCCACGAGCUUGCUGAUGAGGACAUUGUGUCGAUUGUGAAGCGCGAGCAGAUUCAAAUUGCGCUGGGAAUGUGGCCAGCGGCCUGGGGUUCGGAUGCUACUACCCCUGGGAUGCUGACAGGCACGGGGCUUCUGGGCCACAGAUCCCCGCCAAACGCCACGGAAGGCAAGCGCAGUUGGACGGCACGAGUUGUUGUCGCACGGACAACAAAGCUCAUCGAAUGGGGUGGCGAGAUCUCGCAGGGCUCGUGGAGGGGAAGGGAGAUUGAACUUCGGGCUGUGAGCAGCAAGCCCGGACGGGCCGCGCAUACAAUGCUUGCUUAUUGCGAUGUUCGUUCCUAA